ACCGGUAGGAGGAGGGGAUGGACGGUUCUCGCGUUGCGAGAAAAAGAGAGGCCGCGGGAUAGAGCGAGAGUAAAGCCCGCGCCGCUUGCGUCAGUGGUGCACGCCGCGAGGAAACGGUCGCGUUGCCGAGCUGCGGUUGCCGCGGAUCGCUCGUAAACGGCGACCGCCACAGCGACGGGCUCGACGGGAUUAUCGUGGCAUAAGGAUAAGUAACCGCGGAUCGAGUUCCGGUACGUGCGGCUUGUAGGAGGGACGUAUGCGUGCACUUGUACGUGUUCUGGUGCGUUGGGUGUGUGCUUUAAUCGGACGGCAAUAGAGAAUCGAGAGUGUCGCUCCGAUUUCGACAGCGCGAUACUACGAUCGUGACGUUUACGAGCACAUUCGCGGCGAUCGAAGAAAUCGAGAGGAGACUCCGCGUUUCCGCGAGACGUUUUGCUCCGUGCUUUAUCCACGUUGUUGCGUAUAUGAAGAGCAAGAUACCAAGUAGAUAAGUAUGAAUAACGAGAGACUUUAUCCUGCUAUUUGAACCAGCAUGUCGCACACGUCCACGGAGUUACCGAAGAAGACUUCCGGCCAGACGCGGUGACAGGUCCCGUGGAAAAAUUUGCCAAGGAGACACCCACGAUAGCCUCGAAUUUACGUUGCGACACGCACAGUGGAAUAAUCCACGCGGCGCAGCUGUAAAGACGAAGAAAUCGGCAGUGAUAAGCCGGUACUAUCUAAUCACGGAAUCGCUUGCUGUUCGUGUACACAACGUGAUCCGUUUUAAUCGGCGUAGUCGGACGUCACGGGUUUGACUCCGUAAUCUGCUGACGCCGAUCGGCUGAUCGGUGUUUCUACAUGCGCGGAGAAACGCCGGAUUAUUCGAUCAGUUCGAUCCAACCGAGCCGAGAUUACAGUCCACUCCCGUCUCGUUCAUCUGGACGAAUCUGGGAACGAUACGACUGCCAUGUAACUUUGAAUGUAUACAAUACAUGACGUGGGAAAUAGAAGACAAUAUGCGCUGCUGAUUGUAAUCCUUAAUGCUGCAUCGUUCCCGCCGACCCGGAAACCGGUCAACAAUCACACUGACAUCAAGUGAUCAAGGCGUUAAUUCCGUGCGACUUUCCGCGUCGCAGUGAUUCCAAUCAGAGUCGAUGACAUACAAUCGGCGACAGGAAGCGGAGAGAGAGACAAAGAGAACAACAGAACGAUCCGCAUCGCGUCUUGAAUUUUCUGAACAAACGAAAAGGAUCCGUUCUCGCCGAUUCAACUCUCGGUCGAGAAAAAUCGACAAGCUCGAGGGUGCUGGAGGCUCAAGGUCUAAAAGGACCGAUACAUCCGGUACACGCCUAGAAACGCGGCGAGCAGGAACCCGAAGCGGAGAGAGCAAGCGGGCGUGCGAUAAUCCCGCGCGAACUCGCGACUAGUCAUCGAUCGACCGCUAGACGCCGUGCGCCGCGACGCCCUCUCCUCAUCCUGACUCGGUGUGUGUUUACAUGAGUGUAUGUGGCCACACCGUCCCCACCUGUACGACGCUCUCCGUGUCAGAUAUCUACGUGUCACGUUGAAGACACACGCCUGCAGCGUUCUCUCCUCGUCCUUUUCUUCGCUCGCUCAUCCCCUUCUCUUUGUAGUCCCAUCUAUCUGUCUCUUUUUCCGCAUCUUUCUCUUUUCCUCGUCUUUUCCUCUCUCUCUCUUUCUCUCUCUUCCUCUUUCCGUUGAUCAUCCGCCUCCUCCGCGGAUUCUAUUCCUCCAGCGUGCAAGUUGCCUCCGCGACGUCGUAGUCCACGGAUAGUCCCAUUGGAAGGGUCGUUUCUCCUGCGCCGCGUCCAGGUGGCAUCGACUCCCAGCCACUCGGCAUCUCAACGUCCCAGCACGAGGUGUCGUCGUCGGUGAUGGUGAUGGUGGUGGUGGUUGGUGGUGGGUGGUGGUAGGCGAGCAGCACGUCGGCGUUCACUGCGGCGCGCGGCUCCCGAAGAUGUGCCGCGGCGCGUUCCAACGUGUGCGCAAAAAAUGAGUGGCUGAGUUCCCGAGCGCGAGUGAGCGAGUGAGGCGCGGUUCGCCGAAAGUGCUCGACCCGAGAGUGCCGUCUCGCGAUUGAUCCGCCUUCCUCCUUCGCGAUGCCCGCGAUCGCCGAUUGCAUUGCGGCGCAUGAGUGAUCCCCUCCUUAAUCACGAUCGUGGUGGACUUUACGCCAAUAGGACUAGCGAAGGAGAGAGAAAGGAGAGAGAGAAAGUGGUACGAGAACGAGGGGUGAAUUCGUCGAUGGUGAACGAAGCUUCGUUCCCAGACACGUGGGAUUAGCCCGGACCAAUAGGUGACACGGGGGAAAUACGUCGUGACGCGCGCACGAGGGAAACAAAGAGUCUGUGUUUCCUCGGCAGACGUGGGGGAUUAUCGGGGGUACGAGGGCGUCGGAAAGUGCAGGCAGAAAAAGCAGGUAGCGCGUGAAUAUCUUGUUAGACGCGUUGGACACAUCGCGCGCGUGCCUGAUGCCGAUACGUAGUCGAUACGACCGCGGCGAGGUGCAAGCGCGAGACUCUACGGCAACGCGGACGCUUCCACGUAGGCUUCUGUUCGAGCGUGUCUUCGCCGUCUCCUGAUCCUGCUCUAGGAACUUGGAGAGUCCUCUAGAGAAUCACGUUUCACGUUAAAUAAACAAUAAAUCAUCAAAAAGAUCAGUAAAGGAUCUCACGAUGUUUUGCUUUCAAAGACCCUUCGCGCGAUCGUCACGCAACGUCGUGCCCACCGCGCCGUUGUCGGCGAGCAAGAGCAAAUCCUCGUUGACCACCGCGAUCCUGUCACCCACCAGCAAGACCACAACUGAGUGCAAUCGGCGGGGUUCCGAGGCGACCAGCGACGGCUCCAACUCGUCCAUCAAGUACAUCGAUCAGGCCUCGAUGUCCGGUGGCAGUAGCACGGACACCCUUCCGGGUAUCCGCGCCGAUUAUCUGGAUCCUGAACCGUUGUCACCCGGGGCGGAUGCCCUGACGUCGCCCAGCGGCAUAACAGUGGUUCUGAGCGGCACCAAUGGUUCCAACGAGCGACAGAUCUUGUUGCAGAACGAGAGUAAUCAGGCGAACGCGCGUUCGCCGACGAAGAAACCCAACAACAACGGCACCGGUAGCAGCUGGCGCCGCAAGUUCAUGCUGCGUCUCCGUUCCAGCGAGUCCUCCAACUCGAACAACGACGAGGUGUGCUCCACUUCGAGCACGUCUCCGUCACCGGCGAGCGAUUCCACGGCGGAGUCCACGUCCUCCUCAAAGAAUCCGCGCACCGACGAGGGUAGCAGACGAGACAACAACGCCACGACAACCACCAUCUCGUCGCCAUCGGUGCAGAUCGACGUGACCGUCGACGACCGGCCCCAGAAGACCGCCGCGUCCGUCGGCGACAUACCGUCCCUGGCGAACGGCUUCAGCGAACCGGAAGAGGAGAACGACGAGGAGGAGGAAGAGGAGGAGGCCUGCAACCCCGAAACUGAGACGGAAGACGGCUCGUCUUUGCCAUCCAGCCCGGCUGCCGCUUCCACCGUCGGCCUGGCGUCCACGGUGGUGCCCUAUUACGACUUCCUGUCGGUGAACGGCGGCGCGAUGCGCCAGGAGACCACCAGCACCAGCUCUCCGCAGUUGUCGUCCGGCACGAGUAUGCGUUCCAGCGCGGAAUCGCCACCCGCCGACACGUGCAGCUCGUAUGGCGAGGACAGCAGCCCGGGGAUGGACUCGCUGAAACCGGAAAGCUUGGACGCCGGUUGUCUACCGGCCGCCAGGUCCUGCCCGAAUCUGGAGCGACAGAGCGCGGGCUGCUCAUCGGCGAGCGGUUCGUCCAGCCCGAGCCCCAGUCCGGGCCCGGCCGGGCCCAGAUUCAAGCCCCUCGAGGAGGGUGACAUACAAGUGUGCUACCUGAAUCACACCCGCACCCUCGUACGCAAGAUCCUGUCCAGCAAGUUCCUGAGACGCUGGGAGACGCAUCAUCUCUAUCUCAACGACGCCUGUCUCUCCUCCAAGACGCUGACGGGUUUCCUUCAGCAACCUGUUCCGUACAGCAGUAUGUCCGAGGUUCGCAAGUACGUCGUCGCUAGAUGGGAUCCUGCGUACAAGAAUUGCCUCAGUAUCGUUCUACCGGACGGCUCACUCCUUCUGCAAGCCAGCAAUGCCUAUACGAGGGACCAGUGGUAUCACUCGAUAUUAUGGAAGAAGAGCAUCUUCAAGUACCAACAUCUGGUGUCCAUGAGCACGCGGGAGGAGGUGAUCCUGCGCGAGCUGCGCACCAUGGUGGACUUCGCCCUGUGGACGCCGCUGCAAGAUGAAAGGGUGGCGGGUGCUCCUCUAGAGGCGGUCGCUAAAUUGCUGGACGAGCCCAGCGCGGAAGUGGACGGAGCGGAUGCGAAGACCGAGGAGGUGGUGGUGUGCGAUCGCAGGAGCUGGGCCGAGGCGGUGCUGUCCGUGGUGGCUCCACUCCUGGAGAAAGCGGCGCCGCCGGCCGCGCUCGCCCGGGCCCUCGCUCGUCUGACGCAGCAGCAUCCGCGAUCGCAGCUGGUCCCCAUGCUCAGCCCGGCGAUCACGAGGUGCCUCAAGCACACCGUUGACUUUGGCAAGUCGCCGGACAUGAGGAAGCUGCUGCAGGUCUUCGUGGCUGCACUGUACGAGAACAAUGACGGCGAGCAGGCGAUCAGGGACUACAUCUCGUCGGUUCACGGGCCCGGCAGCGAUUGUCCGCAUCCGCGGGUACUCCCGAAUCUGGUGUCCAUCUGCGUCGCGGCCAUAUUCCACAGGUUCGAGGUAUCGAGUCACGCGUCCAACGAGGACAAGUCGUCGUCGCUGCCGCCAUUGCAGUGCUACUUGCUCGUCUUGGAUAUCGCAUCGGAAUACGCCGACUGGCGUCCAGGUCUCGGAGCGCUCCUGCAGCCGGUCCCGUUCCCCGAGAAGGCUCUGAUUCUGAAAGAGGUGCAGGAAUCCGUGUUGCUAUGCGUGAUGCAACGAUUGGCGAAAGAUCCAAGGUGCAUAGUGCACCGCGUGCUGUUGCCCGUCAGAGAACCGCGUUCAGGUUGGAUCCACAUCGUCGCGCCGUCCAGCCCAGCUUGCCCUGAUCGCGGGGAACUCUUCGGCGAGAUGCUCACAACUUUGCUGGCGUGUUGCUACCGGCGAAAGAAAUUCAUCGCGUCCUUGCUGAAGCAAGUGGGCAAUGAUUGCAUACUGCUGGCGGUGCGGGGCUGCGACGCGGCGCAGGAGGCGCUCUGCCUGAUGCUCGAGUGGUGUUUACUGCCGAACGAGGAGGCAAGGCUGCAGAUAGUGAACGCACUCGAGUCCACGGAGUCCGGAAAGGAGCGUUACACUGCUCUCUGCCAGCGGCAGAAGAAUCUACAGGAGCUGCAACAGAAGGGUGGGCCCCGGAAAUUGACGUUACCAGUGCGAGCGACCGACGCUGAUGUCGCUCUUCUGCUUGGCGGCCGUGCGCUCGGUAAUCUUGAGUGCCUCAGCCUGGCCUUCACCUCGGUGACGUCCGCGUGCGCGGAACAGCUGAUAAAGCUGCCGGCGCUAAGAUAUCUGAACUUGUGGGCUACGCAAUUCGGCGACACCGGCCUACAGAUGAUCAGCGAGCACCUGCAGAAGCUGCAGGUAUUGAACCUCUGCGAGACGCCCGUGUCUGACAAAGGCAUCUCCACGUUGGCCUCAUUAACCAGCCUAAGGAAACUGAAUCUAAACAGCACGAAGCUGUCGGCCCAGACGUUCGAGUCUCUGAAGAAGCGACUGCCGGCUCUGCAGGAGUUCGACGUUCGAUACACGGAGGCCUGGUGACCCGAGGUCACGUCCAGCACUUCACCCGUCAGCGAGAGUGAUCAUCGUGACGUGAAAGCAAAGAAACCACGCUAAGCUAUGCUUGAUCGCUUGAAGGAAAAUUCAGAAAUGAUACCGCUGAGAUACAGAGUGACGUUAUCAAUCGUAUUUCCAGUGCAAUCAGUUCGAUCGAAUGAAGUUCGGGCUUCGUGUGCGAUAAAUUGGUUCGUUUUCCUCCGACGGAACUUUCUAACAGGACGAACCAAGUCUCCGCGCUGGACAGGAUAAGCGGAAGAACUCUUUGUCUUCGAUGUGUUGCUUGUACUUCUUCCGAUUUAAUCGAUCCUAAUCGAAAGAUCGUUCUUUCCAGAGGGCCAUAAGUACGCGCGGUGGAUUCAACAGUGCUGGGCGCUUCAUGCAUCCAUCGACGCAUCUUCCGUUUCCGCUAGGUAUCAUUUGCGUCGAACAUAUUCUUCCAAAAGUUCGAGUCAAUGGGCGAGGCCCGAUGAUGCUCCCACGAGGAACAUUAAUUUAGACGCAUCUCUUCCACGACGUCGCUGAUGGGAGACCGUGCUCUUUAAGGACAUUCCAGUAUCGUAACUCACACGUUUUCCUGGAGAGAAUAUGCGUCCGUUCGAAUGAAAGAUCGAAACGAUCUUAAUCUUGCGUAGAACGCGAAUCCGAUCCUGGCGGAUUCAAAGCGCGAUGAAGGGAGUCGUCAUCGCGCCUUUCACGCACAACAAAUUGUACAAGUUGCCGUUUAAAAACGGCGAGGGGAACAUUUUCGUGCGAACGGGCGGUAUAUUGCGCGAUGAAGCAACGCGCGCACCUUCCUCGACGAUUUGAGCGGUGAGAGCGAUCCGCGGCCGUCCAAGAUCGUUCGCGUUUUACGCAGUCGAGGAUCGGUUUCGGCUUCGAGCAAUCGACGAGCAAUUCGACCAGUAGCCUCGGCGUAUCCCUCCUCCAUAUACUUCUAGCUUUAGGUAUGCGAGUUGUUUUUAUCCGUUUUUACGGCGCGGAACGUUAAGAGAACGUCUUCAUCGUUUUAUCCGAUCCUCGUAUUGUCUUCGUAUCUUUUUUAUACUCGUGCACGUCACUUUUCAACGAUGUUACUUUUUGAUGGAGAUUAAAGAUUACUCGUAUACGGCCGUUCCGUUUCUCAAACGCGCGCGCGCGUCACCAGCGAGCACGGGCAUCGUGUUCGUCGUUCGCGCUGAUGAAGUAGGUAGUCGUGUAGGCGCGUCGCGCCACGAAAAGAUUCUCCAUCGAUGGAACGCGACGUCGACGAACUAAGCUAUCACCGGCGAAUAGUCUCAUCUGACGAACGAACAGUCCCGGAACCUUUCCUGCCUGCGAACUGACCUCUUCAGCUCUUCGGUAGGCACCAGAAGCUGCUGGAGGAUUUAAUAGAUCGCCAUCCAGUCGAGAUUGCUUGCAAGAUUCCUGCCAGCGAUGACCAGCGAUCAUGAUGACGAAGAUCAUGAUGAUGGUGAUCAUGAUGAUCGUGACGAUCUUCCUCGCGAUCCUCGACACGAGACAAAGACUGUUCCCAAUCGUGUGUCAGCGUGUUGCCGGGCUGCAGCCGCCAGUUGAUCCACGCGGAGUUGUCCUCGCGAGGGAUGCUCCCCGACUUUACUCCUUUCCGUUCGAGGCGUGCCCAACUGCCUUAAUCAGCGAGUUCUGAGCGACCACUGCCACAACGCGCGCGUCGCGUCGCGUCAGCGAGCGCAUUUUACUCUAAAAAAGAAUAAAAAGUAAAAAAAGAAUGGAAGAAAGCAGGAGAGCGAGAGGAUUCGUGCUCUGUCACCGCGAAAGACGAGAGACUUCGAGUCGCGGGUGACGCGGAGUCGCGUUUCCCUCGUGCAUCUCGUUCCCUAGUGUAAAUAGUUAAGUAGGUAUGUACGAAUCGUCUCCUUCACCUCUUCCCUCGAUUUCUUCCCUCAAUUACUAUAUAGAUUUUAAUAAUUUAUUCUAGCUAAAGAAAAGGAAAAGAAACCAUUCAUAUUUAUAUAUAUACACGUAACGUCACAUGUAUGUUUCGCACGAUCCAAUUCUCGUACUAGCGCGUACAGCGCGUUUUUAGGGGAUUAGUCGAUUUAUCUCGAGCUUCGAGCGCGGAUAAGAGAGAGAGAGGAGAGGCCCCAACACCCUCUUCUCAAAGGGUUGGCCAGGAUUCCGACCGUCGCGGUGCCGCGACGAUGGCGAUCGGCGGUUUCGCAAUCUCGUCUCGGGCAAUUGGUAAAAGCCGCAUGGGAACAAGCAUUGUAAGAAGACUGUUUACGUCAAUUUCGAUAAGAAUCAUUCAUCUAGCGAAUUAAUUCUUCGGCGACGUCCGAGCGAAGCGAAUAAAAUUCGAGUUUAAUUCCAUGCGACGCGGCCUCCGUCGUCGCGCCGUUUCUCAUCCCCCGUGAGAUCUGCGAUUCUUGCGCCUUGCUCUUGGCUUCUCGCGACUCGCCAAAAGCUCUAGCUCUUUAAGUUUUAUCCUUAAAUUAUUCCCUCGCAUGUAACCGUAGCCGUUUUGCCGUCUCGGCGAUGAAAUCUAUAAAACAUACUCUCUGCUGUUAGACGUGUUACGAGAAAACGAUCGGAGAGUUUCAGCAUUAAAUUAUUGAUAUCUUUCUUUACCAUUUUCGUACAAAUAAAGUGUUUAAGGGUCGGCUAUCUCGGCUAUCUUUCCCCUGCGGCGUCAAACUCGAAUGUCAGCAUUGUCGGUAAUCUUCGCUACAGCUUUAUUCCUUCCGGUAACGGUGAGGAAUGCAACUGUUCUUACGAUAAGUGAGUCUGUAGCCAAUAUUAUCUCGCAUAGCUCGGCGCAGUUGCCAGAUGUUUGACAAUCGGUGUGGCGAAAUGUUAGAUGUCAGAUUGAACUGUGCGAUUCUCUCCCGAGCUCCUUGCCGAAUCUCCUUCGCUGACCGCUUUUCUGCAUUUAUCACGCGAUCGCGCUCAGCUCCCACUUUUUUUUAUAUAUAUGUGUUUUCAUGAAAUAUGCAAACAAAUAAAUAAAUAAUUACAACAUCUUUAUUGAGGCAAAAGUUAUAAUUAUUAUAUAAUUAUAUUAUAAAUUUAUCAGUAUUUGUAAAGUACGGAUUGAUGCCGAUAUUAAUUCGUUAAUAUUUUUUCAUGCAAAUAGUAUGUGAUAAUGUGAACCUUUUAUAUCCUAUUCGCGAUAAAAGAAAAUGCGACAUAAGAUCUUUUUUCGCGUAUCUAUAGGCAGCGGAAAUGGAGCUCACCGAAAUCCGACCAUUUCCAAGUAAAACUUGUUACCAAAUGGUAAACAUCGUUUAAACAUUCUAUAAGAAUUCAUAAUAAAUAUAUAAUAAUAAAAAUAAUAAAAA